CUGGCUGGCCGGAGCGCUGCGGUGGAGCCAGGCGGAGCUGAGCGCGGCGCGUCUACAGCAGCGCGCUGCAGUCUGGCCUCCCCGGGCGCCGGAGAGGAAGGAAGGCAGGCGGCCUCGUCACGUGCCCUCUGCGGUCGCGAAACAGUUCCCGUGGUGAGGAGUCCUUUCCAAAUAUAAGAGGAAUAAAGAAGUCACCUCCCCAGCUGUCAUCAUCUUCCAAUAGAUUGGGCAAGAAUAUUUUGAGCACUACCAAAAAGACACUCCAUCAAACCCUAGAUGAUGUUCAGCCGUGUGAUUUUUUCAAGAAAAGGAAUAGGGUGAAUGAAUCUCAUCAGAAAAACAGUUUUAUUUUUCAUAGCAAUAUGAAUGCUGGCCCUUCUUGGAAUAAAGUGCAGCGUCCAAAGAAUUCAGCAGGAAAAAGACAGAGUCAACCCCAAGGACCCCAGGUUUCUUCCCAGCUGAGAAAUAGCCUUGUGGGUGUCUCCCAGCCAGCUGAAGAUGAACUUAAAGAAAGUGUUUCCCAAGACAAGAAACCUGAGAGGAAUCUACUGGGACCCAGGUGUCAGGGGGCCUCCGGGAGCAAACUGUUUCUUGAUUUUCAGUCAAUGAAAAUUAUUAAAGAAGAUGCUGAUGAGGACAGUGCCAGUGAUCUCUCUGACUCGGAAAGAAUUCCCAUUCCCCCUUCUCCCCUCACACCUCCAGAUCUGAAUCUUCGAGCUGAAGAAAUUGAUCCAGUUGACUUUGAUCUUCACCCAGGUCAGGGCCGUGCUAAGCCUGGAUACCAUUACCCUGAUUUCCUCCCGCCCCCUUUCAGCUCCUGGGACCUGCGGGACAUGGCCCUGCUUCUGAAUGCAGAGUGUAAAGCUGAGGCCGUGCCUCGGGUGGCAGGGCUUCUGGGGAAGUACAUCGACAGGCUUGUUCAGCUCGAGUGGCUGCAGAUCCAGACAAUCCAGGGUGAGAAAGGGAAGGGGACCAAAGCCAGGGCUCCCACUGCACCCGGGACCCUGGGAGCUUUAAAAAGCCCUGGGAGAAGUAAGCUAAUCACUAGUGCUCUGUGCAAGGCGCUACCUCACCAGGAGGAGGCUUCCAAGUCAGGCCCCUCACGAAAGAAAGAUUUCCACCACCAAGAAGCCCAUGCACCGUAUUACACACUCAAGACUGCUCCCAAACCCAGUGAUUUACUGGGUAGGAGCAGGUUGUGUUCUCAGAAACAAACCCUUGCAAUGAGGACAGAAGAGAAGAAAAAAAAAUCAAGUCAGAGCACCAGGCUGCAGCCCUGGGAUUGGUCCUGCAGUGACAGCCGCUCUCAGAUGGAAACGGAUGGUAACAUUCGCAUUCCCAGGCAGUCAGCCGCCAGUCUGGACACAGCCAGCUCCUGUAAGGGUGCCAGGACACAAGCACAUGCGAAUCUUAAGAAAAAGGGAAAUGCAAAUAGCUGUGGUCGUGCCGCUCCAUCCAAUGAGAAAAGACUCAGAACAAAUGGAGUAAAGCAAAGCACAUACGAAUUAAAAUAAUAUCUGGGAUGAUAAAUUGCAGAGACCUGCAGAUAUGCAAAUAUUGGAGUGCUUCCAAAAGUUAUAAUACUGUGAAUUGUAAGAAAUGUGAUAAUUGACAUCUAAGUCAUUGAUUGGCUCUUUUGUCUAUCCUAUUUCCACUCUUAGUGGGUUAUUUUCCAAGAGAGGUGUGCUUCUAUAAGACUUUCUUUGUAUUAACAAUCUUAAGCAAAUGAGAGCCCUUUAGAUAAAAAAAAAAAUCGACAAAGUAUGUGCCAUAUAAAGGUUUACAAUGGCAAAGCUCCGGGGGGAGUCAGGAAACUUGCCUAUGCAAAGCAGAUAGUGACAUUUAACUCCCCAUUUUCAUUUGCUCAGAAGUAUGUAAAAUAUCGCAUGUCGGCUUGGUUUUCUGGGGGACAGUCUCUGUCUUCUGUCCCAGGGUGAAGGGCAGUAGUGUCACAGCAACCUCAAACUUCCGUGAUCAGGCCAUUGUCCUGCCUCAGCCUGCUGUGUACCUGGAACUACAGGCAGGCACCACCUGCUGGCUAAUUUUUCUAUUUUUGGUAGAGACGGGAUCUGGCUCUUUUUCAGUCUGGUCUUAAAUUCCUGAACUCUAGCAAUUCUCCCUCAUUUGCCUCCCAGAAUGCCAGGAUUACAGGCAUGAGCCACCGUGCCUGGCGUGAAAAUAUUUUCAAUAACAGAAUCCUCAAAGUUUAAAGUAAGGUCUUUCUCACCAUGCUUCCUGUCCUCUUUCAGAAAUUGUUCAAGCAGAAUUUCUGUUCAUUUAACCCAUAAGAAGUUUCAGUCCCUCCUCAAGUUAGGGAGCACAUGAGUUUCUAUUCUGAGAAGCUUUUAUCACUAAGCUGCUUACUCUUUAGAGACAAUGGCAUCUAGCACUUUAAAAUGAGUUUUUUUUUUUUUUAAAGGGCACUUUAAGUUUAGAGGUGGUGGCAAAGUCCACUUUCAGGUUCUCUAAACUGAGGUUGUGAUCAUUUGCACACUUUCCCGUUUGGAAAGCCACUGGAUUUAGGCAUGAUUAUUGCUGUUUGGUGGGACUAACAGUAAAGUAUCUGACACCCUAGAUUUGCUGGCAUGUAAGAGGUGGCAGAGAGAAAUCACCUUUAUAAUUUAUAAGUAAAGGGCCUAUUACAGGAUCAAAAUACGUGGAACCAAUUUAAAUGUAGUAAUUAUUAAGUUACUGAUUUGGGUUCUAGAUCCCGUUGUCCCUAGACAAAAACAAUGAUCUGUUUUAGUUAGUUUGCAAGAGCAGGGUUUUUAAAUCCUGCCUGGGAAUUGGAGUGGGUGAGAACACGAUUAAGGAUGUAGGGGGAGUGAGAUGUGAAUGAAGUUGCCUGAAGUACUCGGAAUGACCUCUGGCCUUGUGGCUCCAUGGCUCUCCUGGAGACUGUGGUUUAAUAACAUUUACUUAUUCCUGUAGUUGUGCUGUGCACUUUCUGUUCAUACUUGUAAAAAUCUUUUAAAACUUUUGGUUGAUUGUUUCUUGAUAUGCAGGGUGUUUCAAUGAAUAGUUCCUUUUAUCCCUUUAAACAAUUGUGUUUUUGAAGAAAAAAUUGUCUUUUUGACCUAGAUGCUUCUGUUUUUCUCAUUUUGGGGGCAAAUGAAAAACUUGGCAUUUCUCACUAGAAGAUACGUUAUAGCUUACAGACUUUUCAUACAGCAGAAGAUGUCAUUGGAAACAGUAUAAAGACGAGAUGGGAUUUAUCAUUGAAACCAUGUACAAAGGUUAAAUUUUAAGAUCUUUUAAAAUCUGGUUUUAAUCAUUCCAAACUACAUGCCCAUGUUUUUUUUUUUUUUUUUUUUUGCAGUUUUUUGCUGGGGCUGGGUUUGAACCUGCCACCUCUGGCAUAUGGGGCCGGUGCCCUACCCCCUUUGAGCCAUAGGUGCCACCCCCAAAUUUUUUAUGUAGUUUUCUUCUUUCAAGACUUUUUCUUAAUUGUACAGGUUCCCGCUGUCAUUCUUUACCUAAUGGAGAAAGCAUGCCUUUAUGCCUAAAUCUUGUAUUUUUCCUUAUGAACAAAAGAUGCACACUGUUGUUUCCAUAGUCCUCAAAUGUAGACUGACAUUUGUACUCGGUAUAUAUUUUGUAUUUGGAAAGUUUAGUACUAGUCAUAAUGUUCAUGUGGUUCCUGAACAAGUACCCUGUGUGUCCCUUGCCUGCCCUGAUUCUUGUGAGCCCAGAUUAGUCCAUUAUCUAUGGCUGGCAUCUCACUUAAGAGUCUUUCUCUGCUGGAUUUUAUGCAACUCUUUCUGAAGCUUCCUGGCUAAUAAAUAUCCAGGAGCAUGCUGUUUUGUACAUAUACACACACAGGCAUGCACAUAUCUGUACUGCUUAUGUUAAUACUAAAGAGUUUAUGCUGAGUUGCUGCCCUUCCCAAGGAUGUAUCCAUGUGAGUACUCUAGAGAUCUUGAGCUGUUAGGGGAGUGUGUGUGUCUGGGCUGAAGACAGUCAUGAUUAAGAAAUUUAGAGGGAACGCCUCAAACAUUUCUUCCCAGCUCUUUUAAUUGAAAUCGGCUGCAUACUCUGGGGAGCAGCCAUAAUUUCUUAUGUUCAGACAGUUUAAGAAGCUUGAAAAAGUGACUUUGCUUGUUUACUUGUUGGCCUCAGGUUGAUUGCCAAUUUCAACCAGUAUUAUUGCCAUUGGAUCAGAGCUCCAAAUGAGUUAAAAUUAGGUUUAUUAUAGAAUUCACAUAAGCUCAAUUUUAAUGUUAUGAUUUCUGACACACAUAUCUAACACAUCCUAAUCCACUAAAUGCUGCAGAUAAAAAUAUUGCUGUUUUCAAGCAGACACCAUUGGAAAGCUGAAUCAUGAACUCAGUUCAUGGUGUCAGAAUCAUCAGGAGUCCUGUAAUCUAAUGACGAGUCAUUACGUUUCCAAGAAGUGCCUCUUGUUUCUGGGGCAUUGUUUACACAUGCCUUGCAUCUAAGCCAAUUAAAACAAUCCCAGGUUAAUUUAUAUAUGAAAAAAUAUUUUAGGCUUAGAAUCAUUUAGUAGAAAAGGUUGUUAAAAAGUAUAGAAAUGAGCUACAAAACCACAUCCGAAUUUGCCAUGAUUGCUCAGGUUUAGAUUCUUUCCCAAACUCUCAGUAAACAGGUUGAGAGUCUGCAACUAAGUUAAAUGGGGUAGAAUUGGUGGCCUGUAAGGAAAUGGAUGGGGCAGAGAUUAGAGUUGGUCUUGCAGUAGCUGAUGGCUGAAAGGAGGGUGGCUUGUGGAGGUUCUUGGGCCUAUUCGGCUACUUUCCAGAAAGAUACAAGAAUUCCUACCUUACAUGAUAUAAAAUACUGUGUAUCUCCUCUUUCUUUUAUGCUCAUUUCUUGAGUAGUUAUAUAAAAAUAUAAAACUCUUGGUAGUACUGUAUUUCAAGAUAAUUCAGAAGCAGUAUUUAAUUAUUUAGGUGCCUGCACAAGACUCUAUUCAAAAUGGCCUGAAGAUAAUUCAGCAUGUUUGUUAUUUGCUGUUAAAAUGAGUGUAUGUUUGGUUUUGUGUGUAAUAAGACAGAACUCAUGUAAGUUAUUGUGAACUUGGAUUUCUCCUUCCUUGAGAUCGAUUAAACAGCAGAGAAAUAUUAUUUGGAUUUUUCUGGUAUUGUUUUGUUUGACUUUAUGCAGUUCUCCAUCGAAGUUUAUCUGUCUCUUCUUCCUGGUUAUUUCAAAAACUUGGUCAGGAUGAAAUUCUGUUCCAACUCCUGUUUUACCAUUAAGCGACAUUCACAGCCAAAGCACAUGUUACCUUUCCAAACAUAUCUGGAAUCAUGCUGCAAUCGAGUCCCUAUUCCCUCGAUUACCCCCCGAAAUGUGUGAGGGAGCAGGUUGCAAAUUCAAUGAGCAUAAAAUUAAAGUAACAUGAUCUAAUGCACUUGCACCUUGAUGUUUGUAUCCAGAAGUGAGCACUGUCUCUUUUAAGCAAGUGACCUGGUUAAGACGUGGUGGUUUUGAGCAGCUCCCACUGCAAACGAAUGGAAAGGUCCUUAGCUCCUCUUUCCUAAACUCACUUCUGACAAUGAAAUGCAUUCUUUGGAGUCUACCAAAUUGUGGCAGUAGUGUUUGGGGGUUUAAAAAAAUAGUUGUUUAGUGUGGCUUGAAAAUUAACCAUGCUGGAAGUUUAACAUUUUUUUUUUUUUGCACAGGAAAUGGUAGAUUAUUUUUGGAUGUUACUAUUUUAUUAGCCACCAGGUGGUGACUAAACUCUUUCAGAUGGCAGUGAAUUUGCCUGUGGGUGCCUUCUAAUUGAAUAAAAAGGUGUUUACUGGAAUCAAAAAGAAAUGAGAGAGACCAAAACCAUGUUCUUAAUUUAACUUCACUUGCCCUCUGAGAAUUAAAUGGCAUAUUUUAUUUAGUUAA